AAUAUGGAGUCUGUGGAAUGAAAUAUGGCAGAAGAGGGCAAACAUGGUGGACCGCCGCCGAGAGUCAUGAGAGCGCCGCGCAACUUUUUGGAAGGCGGACGCCGGACGUUCUGCGUCGCGUUUCACCUCGUAUGUUUUCCCGAGUCGAGGGGAGCAAGUCGUUUGUAAUGCUUUAAGGCACUUGUUGAAUUGUGCGGGGUGUUUUUUUUUCUUUUCUUCCUUUUCUUUUUUUGCGGAGUGAACAAAAAAGGAGAAGGGACAGAGGCGCAAGCGAUUCCCCCACACCCACCGGUCCUGUAGCGUCCCGAGCCGUGUCGUGCCGUCCCGUCCCGGCGGCGCUAUGCCGUGGCUCAGCGGCUCCAAGCGGAGAGAGAGCUCGGAGCUGCCGCUACCCGCCGGCUGGGAGGAAGCCCGGGAUUACGAUGGUCGAGUGUUUUACAUCGACCACAACACCCGGCAAACUUCGUGGAUAGACCCGAGAGACAGGAUUACUAAACCCCUGACAUUCGCUGACUGUGUAGGUGAUGAGCUUCCUCUGGGCUGGGAGGUUGUGUAUGACCAGCAGAUUGGGGUUUACUACAUCGACCACAUAAACAAAACCACGCAGAUUGAGAACCCACGGACGCAAUGGCGCCAGGAGCAGGAGCGCAUGCUGAAGGAGUAUCUGGUGGUGGCACAGGAGGCCCUCAAUGCCAAGAAGGAGAUGUACCUGAUCAAGCAGCAGAGGCUGGAGCUGGCGCAGCAGGAGAUGCAGCUCUUCAACCAGCUUAGCCAGGACGACAACCGCUCCAUCACCAGCUCCCACUCUGGCUCUUCUUCCAAUGCAAAAUAUGACCCUGACCAAAUCAAAGCGGAAAUCGCCUGUAGGCGGGAGCGGCUUUCUAGGCUCAAACAGGAGCUGGCCCAAAUGAGACAGGAGCUUCAAUUCAAAGAAAUGGGAGUAGAAACACUACAAGAAAUUGACCGGAAGAUGUCCAGCAGUCAGACGAAUUAUAAACUGGACGAAGCGCAAGCCAUCUUUAACGAAUUACGCAGCAUAAAGAGGGCGAUCAGCUCAGGCGAGAAGGAGAGGCAGGACCUCAUCCAGAGCCUGGCUAAGCUGACGGGGAAUUUUCACAGCCUUUCUAUCGGUGACUCUGUAAAUGAGGUGUCCACCAGCUCCGUGCCUCUAGGAGAUUCGGUCAGCGGGCAGCAAUACACCGACGCCGGCUGUCAGACUGACCUGAUUGGAGAGGAAUCAUCCCCACUCGUUGACAAAGUCAGGCUCACCUGGCAGUAUGAAGAAGCCAAGAAAAAAGUCUCCAGCAUUCAGCACCAGCUGGCCAAGUUGGAUAGCGAGAGCUGGUCAGGACGCGCCGAGGCCGACCGGGAUCGUGACUGUCUGCAGCUGCUGAAGGAGAAGGAAGCGUUCCUGCAGGAGCUGACCCUCCUCAGUGAGCAGCAUCACACUCAGGAAGUGCUGGACCAGCUGGAAGAGGAGCGACACAGGCUGGAGGAGGAGGUGCAGAAAGCUCAGACCACCCAGAGCCAGGGGGCCAACCAAAGGAUACUGCAGCAAGAGAAGAGAAACGUGUUACUGAGGCAGUUGGAGGAGGCGACUCGCAUCACAACCUAUCUCCACUCUCAGCUCAAGAGUCUUUCAGCCAGCACCCUGACCAUGUCCUCCAGCAGCAGCCGUGGUUCUCUGGCUUCAAGUCGGGGCUCGUUAGCAUCUAGCCGCGGCUCUCUGAGCUCACUCAGCUUUACUGACAUCUAUGGUGUGCCUCAAUACGAGCGCCAGGAGGCCUGCUUGGACAUUCCCGAAUCCACUUGGCGCUACCCCAUGCCUGUGGAGCCUUCCUGCCGAGACGUCUCGUCUGUGCUAGGGCCUAAACGGAUCCACGAGGCACCGCAAUCUCUCACCUCCCUGUCUUCACGUUCUUCUCUCUCCUCCCUCUCUCCACCCAGCUCGCCCAUGGACACGCCAUACCACUCGGGCCCUCCCGACUGCCCCCUGACACAAAUGACAGAGGAGUACAUGGAGCUAGCCGGUCGUGGCUUGGUGAUAGAGGGCCUGCGGAGCCAAACUCACACUCAAACCCAGCAACUAGCUGCUGUUCCUGGUGAAGGAGAGCCAGGAGGCUCUAAUGCAGCUCACCUACUGGAGGUCAAGGGCAGUAGAGAUGGGGGUGUUCAGGGCCUGUACAGCUCUGCAGGUGCAGGAGUGACUCUACGCUCUAACAGUGUGAAGCGGAGCGGUCGCAGAAGGGCUCGCCGUGUCUCUGCAGGCAUGAGUGAAGACGUGUUAGCCACUGACAGCGGUGUGUUUGAGGCUUGGAGCAGAAGGACUGAGGAGACAGAUGAGGUCAUGCUUAGCCGAGAUACAAUCAGCACUCCUGAAUCCCCUCAGGUCCAGCUUGGACUCCUCUAUGAUUCCAGUUCCAUGUCUUUGCUGCUUCACGUGUUCCAGCUGAGAAAUCUGAGUAAGGCCACUAUAAGAGAUGGCUACAAAGUCUUUGUGAAGGUGCAUGUGCUACCCGUAGACUCCAGUCGGCCGUGCACAUACUACUGCUGCAAGGCCCAGGAGCCACGCUCAACCCUCAGCUUUAAUGAGGGUUUCCAGAUCCUGUUGCCUGCAGGGGGUGCAGUCUCCCAUGCUCUGCACCUGCAGCUAUGUGCCCUCGGACCUCUCGGGCACGAUGAACAACUGGGCUCAACUCAGGUGCCACUGGCUGAUUGUGCAAAUAGCACAGAGAUGUUGUUCCAGUGGCACCGUGUGCAGCUGCUGCAGCAGGAGAACCACCGGUCUGAGCCUAGGAGCCUAUGCCAACCUGGACACAGUGUGGACGAGGAAGAAGAGGAGGACGAAGAGCAUAGCAGGGCACAGCUGUCAACUGCAGGUCAGCUGAACGAAGGAAAGAGAGAGCUGGAGUUGAGUGAGGAGGAGCUUGAGAGGAAGGAAGAGCAGGGAGAGGCUGUGUCUGAGAGAAGUUGGCAGGCUGAAUCAGUGGACAGUGGUUGCAGUAACAGCACAGCGUUUGUGUCGCCAUGUCCUGAGGGUCUGUGUGCAGAGGGCUUGUGUAUAGCCACCGGGGGGCGCUGUGUCCCUCAUUCAGAAAGGCCUCUCAAUAUAAAGGUCGACAAGGCAACCAACACAGAGCUAAUGAGAAUGCAGCCUAAGGAAAGGCCAGGGCGCUACGGACACGGCCCCCCAUUCCUGCGCACAAGCACACUGUCACGCUCACACACUUUCUCACCUGGAGCCCGUAGCCAGUAUGUCUGCAGGCUGUACCGCAGUGACAGUGACAGCUCCACUCUUCCAAAGAAGUCCCCCUUUAUUAGAAACACUCUGGAGAGAAGAACACUGAGAUACAAACAGCAGCCUCACCGUUCCUCCCUGGCUGAGCAGCCCACCCGUACCUCCCUGGAUCUGGAGCUGGACCUCCAGGCGUGCCGCACGCGGCAGAGGCAGCUAAGUGAGGAGCUGAACGCUCUAAGAGAGCUGAAGAUGAGGUUGGAGGAGCCGAGUCAAAGCGUCCAAGGGCCUCAGAGUGUCCGUGGUCCAGUGGAUGUACCUCAUUGGGCCCUGAGAGACGAACGCUUCCGCAACCUUCUGCGAGAGGCACACAGACAAGCGAUGCAGAGCAGACAGGAGCAGAGGCAGGAGGAGGCUGCUGAAAGAAGGUUGCGGAAGGCCUCUAAAGAAGUGCUGCAAAUGAGGGGCCAGAGCCACAAAGAGCCGCUCCCAGUGCACACAUUCAGAGAGAAGAUGGCUUUUUUCACUAGACCAAGGUUCAACAUCCCACCGCUGUCAGCCGACGACGUGUAACUCCCUCCUCGACGCCAUACUAUCAGAUAUGAAGUAUUUGUGUUUAUUUUAAUUAUUCUUUGUAACCACGCCCAUGAAGUAAUCAGAGCAACCAUGUAGUUAUUUCAGCACAAAGAACAAAAUGAAAGUGAUGCGAAUUUUAACGUAAAAAAAAAAA